AUGGCAGAGGCCCACCAGGCGGUGGCGUUCCAGUUCACCAUAACGCCAGAGGGGAUUGACCUGCAGCUGUCCUAUCAGGCCCUGAACCAGAUCUACCUGUCUGGGGUACGAUCGUGGAAGAAACGAGUCAGCCGAAUGAGGAACAGAGUGAUCAAGGGAGUGUACCCCGCCAGCCCUUCCUCCUGGCUCUUUGUCGUCAUAGCGAUCCUCGCCACGAUGUACAUGCGCUCGGAUCCCAGCAUGGGGCUCAUUACCAAGAUACAGCAGCACCUGCCGCUAAGGUACACAAACACACACAACACAGAGGAUACCACUGCCCUUGUGUCUUUCUCAAAGCGGUUCUCAUAAUAGCCCGUUAUAUAAAUUCAAACAUUAAAUAUGGCCGGAUCUUUUUUUUUGUAUUAAGUGCACUCUUAAAAAGUUUUUACAAUUACAAUGCCACCUGACAUUCAAACCUUAAGAAGAAUCACAGCUGUGUAUUGGCAAGAGCUUCCAACACGUAUCACGAUUCAAUAUAUUGUUGUGUAUUGUGAUAUGGGAAGCAAGGCGAUAUAUGGAGGUUUUAUAUAUAGAGUAUAUGGUGUGCAAUCGCAAAAAUCAGUAGUGUUCUUGAGAAUCAAGACAAUAUCACAAAACAAAAUAUCAUGCUAAGAUAUUUUUCAUCUUUUCAUUUUCAUUGCUUUCUUUCUCACCCCUGAGAACAACUGGGAAACGGAUGCAUGUUCACUGUUUAAAUCUACUGUUUCACAAUGCAUCUCUCUCUGUCUAUAUACGUAAAUAAGUGCCCAUAUAGUGCCUGUAUAUGUAUACAUUAUUAAUUAUCGGUCAGUUGACAUUAUCAUUCGGUAGUUAUUUGUUUAAGAAAGCAGCCUUCUGAGUACCUUUGCAGAGUCAUUUCAGUCCACAUAGAAAAGCUCUAUAUAAGCCUCCAUAACGCAGUCCUCCAGGAUUUUUAUUUUUUUGCAAUGAAUUGUGGGGGAAAGUGAAAGUUGCAAAAAUAGUUGUUGUUUUUUUAUUUACAAUCUUUCUCUAAAGCAAGAAAUCUCUGUGUUUCUGUGUG